UGAGAGUGUGAGUCAACCUCCUUCCUGCACAGCGACAACUUUCUUCCGGUGUAUUUUACCGUCCCACUCCAUCCAUGUCGCUAUGGUAUCUCUUACUGACUCAGAUUAGCCGAAUCUAACGGCUACUCUCAUACUGUACUAAACAUUCAUUUUUAUUAUCGAUAUCCGCCUCUCCAUAAGUACGAGUGGCUUUUGAAUAGAGAUUGUGCGAGGCGCGUGGUGACUGCCUGGGCGAGCGCACUAGUUCCCUCAGCGCAAGGUUUCGGUCUACGCAGCGGUUGUCUAGGGGAAUUUUACACGCUGCGGGGGAAAUCUCGGGGCAGCCUGCGUUGCUAGGGACGAUAACUAAUUAAUUGCUAUUUGAGUAUUCAGCGUAGCACAUUCUCUUGGCUGUAUGAAGUUGUGAAGUUAUCAUCCUUUGCGUAUGUAUAACAGUAAAGUAAAUAAGUGUCAAUAUUUCAUAACCGCAGAAGGGCCAAAAACUUGUAACCCACAUUUUCUUCAGAAACAAUAAAGUAUUUAUUUUAUGCAUUGUUGAUUACUUUCAUUCUGAUUGUUUUUAUAAUAUUCGAUAUUUUAAUUUUUAAAAACCAUAUCAACGCAAAUGAAACGAAAAGUGAAGGAGAUCCGUGUCAGAAAUAAAGAGAACGAGAGAGCGACAACGGAAUGGGUCGUGCCUAGGGAAUUUUUCCGUCCGCGGGGGAACUUGUUAAAUGGCGUUGUGUUGUUGGCCGAGUCACUUCGUGCUCUCCAAUCCGUCUUCAAUGACACAAUGAGCAAAGGCAUAAGGAACUUGGUGUCGAAACGAAAGAGAAGAUUCAAAGAAGAUGGGUACGACUUGGAUCUUAGCUAUAUCACAGAUCGACUUAUUGCAAUGGGCUUCCCUGCUCAGAAGUUGGAGGGUGUGUACAGAAACCAUAUUGACGAUGUUUCCCGCUUCCUAGAAGAGAGGCACAAGGACCACUAUAGAAUAUAUAAUUUGUGCUCAGAAAGAAAUAGAUCGUAUGAUGUCACAAGAUUUCACAAUCGGGUCAGAAAUUUCCCUUUUGCUGACCAUAACCCACCGCCUCUGAUUGACAUUGAGCCGUUAUGUAAAGACAUGGCGGACUGGCUGGCUGCAGACUCAAGGAAUGUGGCUGUUGUACAUUGUAAGGCAGGAAAGGGUCGAACAGGUGUGAUGAUUUGCUGCUAUCUCCUUCACUGCCGUUCCAAGAGCUUAGCACAAGAAGCACUUGAUUUUUAUGGAGAUAAGAGAACUUUUGAUAGAAAGGGUGUAACUAUACCUAGCCAAAGAAGAUAUGUGGACUACUAUGCCAAACUAGUCAAGUCAAACUUUAAUUAUAAUCCACCUUACGUACGCCUUAGGGAAGCUGUAAUGAAUGCACCGCUAUCCAGUGUGAAUUCGGAGGUGUUCCUUGUUGUGAGCUCUCACAGUAACAAAAAGGGCUAUAACUCCCAGCCAGCAGAAGUGAAGAAAGGAAAGGAAAUGAUUCAACUUGUAGUAAAAGACGAAGUGGCCCGACCCAUCCAAGGAGACAUCAAGAUUGAGCUCAAGAGAACAAACUUUGUCAGAAGAACGGACAAGCUGUUUAGUGCUUGGCUAAAUACGCACUUUAUAUUUGAAGAAGGAAAGAAAGUAACCAAUGGGUGUCAGAUAACAGCAUCAGACCAAAAUAACCACAACAACACUUGCAACACACAAAAUAGACACAGAAGCAAUAGUUUUCGCGUGGCGAAGCAUGACAACUAUAGGCGCAAGAGACGCGAGUCUGGUGAUGUGAGGGCGCUCCCUGGAGGCCUCGGUUGUGGUGGUGGGGGCAGACAAGACUCAUGUGAGAAUGAGAGGCACAUUCGAGGGGAGGUUGAGAGCAAGAGCCUUCCCACAGGCCAUCUUACCCAUCUUACUGAUGAGGAGUGGACCCCUAUUGGCAAUCUCAGUCCCCCUCCACAUCCCCGCCAGCAAAGUCGCCACCGCCGUCGCCACCACACCCAGCACCUCCCUGUAUGUGGUGGAGCUCGAGACUCUUGGGAGGACUCCAAAAAAGGAGAGCAGGAGGUACUGGUCGUCCUCACCAAGAAUGACCUAGACAAGGCCAACAAAGAUACACAUCACAAAUUGUUACCAGAAGACUUUAGGAUAAAACUAUGGUGGCUGGUUACAUACGUUAACAAAGGAGGAAGCAAUGCCUUAGAGUCUCGGGAAAGUGGUUCGACUCCAAGCACAAUCACGCCCUCUGGUUCCUCGUCCGACACAGACGACGAUGAUGAUGACGACGAAGAAGAGGGAAGUGACUGGGACUCAGGCGAGUCCACCCACUUGUGAGCGCACGAAGCUUUGGCUGAGUAUUUUGGCUUGGCAAUGCGUACCUGACCCACCGGAACUGAUGCAUGUAGCAUUUCCCGUUCACAAUCUUAGGGCAGUGCUGGUCAUCCCUUACCCACUUUAUGCAGUCUACGACAAAGUUCAGUUCAUCUGUGAUGGAUGGCCAUAAGAGAAUGUAUAGUAUUUUCAUGGAUAAGUAGAUUUCCUAUACUCUGAUGUAUAAGGUUUAAGUUCAGUUGGCUACAGUCUUCAGUCUUCAGUUUGUAACAACUUUUAUUGAAGUGCAAAUGCAUGUUAAUAAGAAAAAGAAAAAGAAAAGAAAAAACUGAAGACAAGAUUUUAAAGCUGCCAUGGAAGUUGCUCUGAAAUGGAUAAGUUCACUUUAAGUAAAAAGUUGGGAUUUUUUUUUUUUUUAUAUGACCAAUAUCAGAGGAUACAAGAUUUUAGAAAUUUUCAUACGACUUCCAGAUUUUAUGAAUAAGAAAAAGAUCAACAAAAGAGUGCUUGUGUAUCUGUAAAUACAAAACUUGGCAAAUACGCCUCACAAAAAGAAAAGUAAUUUAUUAAUGUACAGUAAACAAUACUCCUUGAUCUCGUUUUGUGACAGUUCAGGUGUUAAUACAUUUAUUCUUAGAGUAGCAGAUGUUUGAAGUGUAGGAAAAAAAAAGUAUAUUUUUUCGCAUAACUUUAUGACAAAAAGUAAAAAAAAAAAAAAAAA